CAUCCGGGGCCUGGGCGGCGGCAGUGCCGCCGCUCGCGGGUCACGUGGCUCCUUCCUUUCCGUCUCUGGCCGGCUGGGCGCGGGUGACUUCUUGGCGAGGCGCGUGGAACCUCACUCUGGUUCCCCUUCGUUUCCUCUCCCGGCCCGGGCCAGUAGGGAGUUCACUGGCGCCCGGUGAGCUGAGCCUGCCGCCAAGAUGCCGGCCUAUUUCCAGAGGCCGGAAAAUGCCCUCAAACGCGCCAACGAAUUUCUUGAGGUUGGCAAAAAGCAACCUGCUCUGGACGUUCUUUAUGAUGUUAUGAAAAGUAAGAAACAUAGAACAUGGCAAAAGAUACAUGAGCCAAUUAUGUUGAAAUACUUGGAACUUUGCGUGGAUCUUCGCAAGAGCCACUUGGCUAAGGAAGGAUUAUACCAGUAUAAGAACAUUUGUCAACAGGUGAACAUCAAAUCUCUAGAGGAUGUUGUUAGGGCAUAUUUGAAACUGGCAGAGGAAAAAACUGAAGCUGCUAAAGAAGAAUCUCAGCAGAUGGUCUUAGACAUAGAAGAUCUGGAUAAUAUCCAAACUCCUGAGAGUGUUCUCCUAAGUGCUGUAAGUGGUGAAGACACUCAGGAUCGUACCGACAGAUUACUUUUAACCCCAUGGGUUAAAUUCCUGUGGGAAUCAUAUAGACAGUGUUUGGACCUUCUUCGAAAUAAUUCUAGAGUAGAGCGCCUCUACCAUGAUAUUGCCCAGCAAGCUUUCAAAUUCUGCCUUCAAUACACCCGUAAGGCUGAAUUCCGUAAGCUGUGUGACAAUUUGAGAAUGCACUUAUCACAGAUUCAGCGCCACCAUAACCAAAGUACAGCAAUCAAUCUUAAUAAUCCAGAGAGCCAGUCCAUGCAUUUGGAGACCAGGCUUGUUCAGUUGGACAGUGCUAUUAGCAUGGAACUGUGGCAGGAAGCAUUCAAAGCUGUGGAAGAUAUUCAUGGGCUUUUUUCCUUGUCUAAAAAACCACCUAAACCUCAGUUGAUGGCAAAUUACUAUAACAAAGUCUCAACUGUGUUUUGGAAAUCUGGAAAUGUUCUUUUCCAUGCAUCUACCCUCCAUCGUCUUUACCAUCUGUCUAGAGAAAUGAGAAAAAAUCUUACACAAGAUGAAAUGCAAAGAAUGUCUACUAGAGUCCUUUUGGCCACUCUUUCCAUCCCUAUUACCCCUGAACGAACUGAUAUUGCUCGACUUCUGGACAUGGAUGGCAUUAUAGUUGAGAAACAACGUCGCCUUGCCACACUCCUAGGUCUUCAAGCCCCACCCACACGAAUUGGCCUUAUUAAUGAUAUGGUCAGAUUCAAUGUAUUGCAGUAUGUUGUCCCAGAAGUGAAAGACCUGUACAAUUGGCUAGAAGUAGAGUUUAACCCACUAAAACUCUGUGAGAGAGUUACAAAGGUUCUGAAUUGGGUUAGAGAACAACCUGAAAAGGAACCAGAAUUGCAGCAGUAUGUGCCACAGCUGCAAAACAACACCAUCCUCCGCCUCCUGCAACAGGUGGCACAAAUUUAUCAGAGCAUUGAGUUUUCUCGUUUGACUUCUCUGGUUCCUUUUGUUGAUGCUUUCCAACUGGAACGGGCCAUAGUAGAUGCAGCCAGGCACUGUGACCUGCAGGUUCGUAUUGAUCACACUUCUCGGACCCUGAGUUUUGGAUCUGAUUUGAAUUAUGCUACUCGAGAAGAUGCUCCAAUUGGUCCCCAUUUGCAGAGCAUGCCUUCAGAACAGAUAAGAAAUCAGCUGACAGCCAUGUCCUCAGUACUUGCAAAAGCACUUGAAGUCAUUAAGCCAGCUCAUAUACUGCAAGAGAAAGAAGAACAACAUCAGCUGGCUGUUACUGCCUACCUUAAAAAUUCACGAAAAGAGCAUCAACGUAUCCUGGCUCGCCGUCAGACAAUUGAGGAAAGAAAAGAGCGCCUUGAGAGCUUAAAUAUUCAGCGUGAGAAAGAAGAAUUGGAGCAGAGGGAAGCUGAACUCCAGAAAGUACGGAAAGCUGAGGAAGAGAGGCUGCGCCAGGAGGCAAAGGAGAGAGAGAAGGAACGGAUCUUACAGGAACAUGAGCAAAUCAAAAAGAAAACUGUUCGUGAGCGUUUGGAACAGAUCAAGAAAACAGAACUGGGUGCCAAAGCAUUUAAGGAUAUUGACAUUGAAGACCUUGAAGAAUUGGAUCCAGAUUUCAUCAUGGCUAAACAAGUUGAACAGCUGGAGAAAGAAAAGAAGGAACUUCAGGAACGCCUAAAGAAUCAAGAAAAGAAGAUUGACUAUUUUGAAAGAGCCAAACGUUUGGAAGAAAUCCCGUUGAUAAAGAGUGCUUAUGAGGAACAGAGAAUUAAAGAUAUGGAUCUGUGGGAACAGCAAGAAGAAGAAAGGAUUACUACUAUGCAGCUAGAACGAGAAAAGGCUCUUGAACAUAAGAACCGGAUGUCACGAAUGCUUGAAGACAGAGAUUUAUUUGUAAUGCGACUCAAAGCAGCACGACAAUCCGUUUAUGAGGAAAAACUUAAACAAUUUGAAGAACGAUUAGCAGAAGAAAGGCAUAAUCGCUUAGAGGAACGGAAAAGGCAGCGUAAAGAAGAACGCAGAAUAACUUACUAUAGAGAAAAAGAGGAGGAGGAACAGAGGAGGGCAGAAGAAAAAAUGCUAAAAGAGCGUGAAGAGAGAGAACGUGCUGAACGAGCAAAACGCGAGGAAGAGCUGCGAGAAUAUCAGGAGCGGGUCAAGAAAUUAGAAGAAGUAGAAAGAAAAAAACGCCAAAGGGAGUUGGAAAUUGAAGAAAGAGAACGUCGCAGGGAGGAAGAGAGAAGACUGGGUGAUGAUCCACUUUCUAGAAAGGACUCUCGUUGGGGAGAUAGAGAUUCUGAAGGCACAUGGAGAAAAGGACCUGAAGCAGAUUCCGAGUGGCGAAGAGGCCCACCAGAGAAGGAAUGGAGACGGGGAGAAGGGCGGGAUGAGGAGAGGCCUCACAGAAGAGAUGAAGAGCGACCCCGGCGUUUAGGGGAUGAUGAAGACAGAGAGUCUUCUCUUCGUCCAGACAACGAUCGUAUUCCCCGGCGUGGCCUGGAGGAUGACAGAGGCCCCAGACGUGGUCCUGAUGAAGAUAGAUUCUCUCGGCGUGGGGCAGAUGAUGACCGACCUUCUUGGCGCAAUACAGAUGAUGAUAGGCCUCCCAGACGAAUUGGUGAUGAUGACAGGCCUCCCAGACGAAUUGGUGAUGAUGACAGGCCUCCCAGACGAAUUGGUGAUGAUGACAGGGGAAGCUGGCGUCAUGCAGAUGAUGACAGACCACCUAGACGGGGACUGGAUGAGGACAGAGGAAGUUGGCGAACAGCUGAUGAGGACAGAGGACCAAGACGUGGGAUGGAUGAGGACCGGGGGCCCAGGCGAGGAGGAGGUGCUGAUGAUGAUCGACAAUCCUGGCGGAAUGCUGAUGACGACCGGGGGCCCAGGCGGGGCAUGGAUGACGACCGGGGGCCCAGGCGGGGCAUGGAUGAUGACCGGGGGCCCAGGCGGGGCAUGGAUGAUGACCGGGGGCCCAGGCGAGGAGGGUUGGAUGAUGAUCGAGGACCUUGGAGGAAUACUGAUGAUGAUAGAAUUUCCAGGCGUAGUGCAGAUGAUGAUAGGGGGCCUUGGAGAAACGUGGAUGAUGAUCGAAUUCCUAGACGGGGUGAUGACUCAAGACCUGGUCCCUGGAGACCUUUUGUCAAGCCAGGUGGAUGGAGAGAGAAAGAAAAAGCCAGAGAAGAGAGUUGGGGUCCACCUCGAGAAUCAAGACCAUCAGAAGAACGGGAAUGGGACAGAGAAAAAGAAAGGGAUAGAGAUAAUCAAGAUCGUGAGGAGAAUGGCAAGGAGCCUGAGAGAGACAGAGAGAGAGAUGGGGACCGAGAGGAUCGCUUCAGAAGACCUAGGGAUGAAGGUGGCUGGAGAAGAGGAGGACCAGCUGAGGAAUCUUCAAGUUGGAGAGAUUCAAAUCGCCGGGAUGAUAGGGAUAGAGAUAGGGAUGACCGUCGUCGUGAGAGAGAUGAUCGUCGUGAUCUAAGAGAAAGACGAGAUCUAAGAGACGACAGAGACCGGAGAGGACCUCCUCUCAGAUCAGAGCGUGAAGAAGUAAGUUCCUGGAGACGUGCUGAUGACAGAAAAGAUGAUCGGGCAGAAGAGCGGGAUCCUCCUCGUCGUGUUCCUCCCCCUGCUCUUUCAAGAGACCGAGAAAGAGACAGAGACAGAGAAAGAGAUAGAGACCGAGACCGAGAAAGAGAUGGUGAAAAGGAGAAGGCCUCGUGGAGAGCUGAGAGGGAUAGGGAAUCUCUCCGUCGUACUAAAAACGAGACUGAUGAAGAUGGAUGGACCACAGUACGACGUUAAGUCUCAAGAUAAUGGAUUCAAACUGAUUCUUACAUAGGUUUGAUCACAUUCAAGGAUUAUUAUACUUGUGCUUCAACCAAUCUAAAUUGGAUUCUUUACUGUUUCACCAUAACACAAAAAGCAUGAACUUGUAUUAAUCCUAUCUAAUAGAUUGAUCAUGCACCAUAUCCACAGAAGGUUGGAAAACCAUGCCAUUUUCUGGAAUUUAGGGUGUUGCAUUAUUUCAUCAAUCAUUUGUUUACAAAAAAGAAAAAUUAAAAAAUAAAUUUAAAAUGUGAACCCUUCAGGUAUUGAGUAACACCUGUAUCUUGGUAUAGAGCUGAUUUUUGUUUUUUCUUUUGAUUUUGAGAUAUCUGGUAUUAAUUGCAAUGAGGUAAGGUUCUGUUAAAACGUAUUUGAAGACCUUUUAAAGCAGUGGAUCUAAAACAGUUUUCAUACUAUUAGUGGUUGAAACAUACCUCUAUAGAUAUUUUGAGGUAUUUACUAUUAACUAAAUUUAGAAAGUUUUUAGAUUCACUAUAAGUGCAGUAAACAUUACAAACAUUGGAUACAGUGGGAUUUUUCUGUAGAUUUUACUUGAAAGAAGGUGAGUAUAAAAUAAUUUGCAAUUGUUAUUGUAAUGACAAAAAUACUGCUGAAGUGUGAAUCCAAAACAGUACAGCUUUUAAAUUUUAAAGCAUUUGGUAAACUAUUGCUGAGUUUUUUUUCUGUUGCCAAUAGCAAACUGCUUUUCCAUUAAUGGAGAAUUCAUGCCUUUCAAGCAUUUUAAAUAUGACAAUAUUUAUAAAUGUGUGGUUUGGAGGAAUUGUUUAAAUUCUCUUUCCUAAUUUUCUUUUCAGGGUAGAUUCUUUCAACAAGUAAUUUGUAGUAAUGGCUGUGUUGACUUCAAUUUUGGAGUGUUGUAGCUAUGUUAAAGAUUAAUAACUAUUUGGUCUCAUUGAAGCCAACACAGAACUUGCUGCUGUGUUUUUUCUUCAGUGAUAAAUAAAAUACUUACAGAAUUU